AUGUGUAUCUGUAGAAGACGAAAAAAGGUUGGUUCCGCUCUUUUUCUAUCGUCGGUGACUGAACCAGCUGGUUGACGUUGGUUUUCUUGUUCCACUGGUUAGGUGAUACUCAUCUUUCUUAUUUUUUUUUCUCUUGUUCUCUCUGUUUCCCCAUGCUAUUUCAGGAUUCGAAAGACGAAGUUUCGUCAUCGAAAAAAAUUGUAGUAAAACCGUCAAAGUGAGUAUCAUGAGUUUUACAGUGAAAAUUUAUUGAAAAAAAUGUUCAGUUAUUCAAAUUAGAGAUACAUUAUAUAUCCACUUUAAUUUUGAAUGUUUAAAAAAAAGGUAGGAUCCUUCUCGAGAAGUUUGAAUGAAGGUCUCAUUUGAUAGUUGAUCUUGCAAUAACCUUUUAACACAUUUCAGAAAGCCUUUUCUCAGUGAAGCGUUAUAAAUUUUUACUCAAAUAACGGCUUCAAAAGACAUUGACGGGAGCUUUGCAGACAAAACGGCGCGAAGGAAGGGAAAAACGCCCAAAAGCCAAUAGAUCCGCAGGUUGUCCAGCCCAUCGCCGUCGAGCCUAAGGAUAAGCAGAAAAGUUAAUACAGACCAUUUUCAUCAAACAGAGCAAGUUUCCAGAAAAAAAAGUAGAUGACGAUGACACACUCUCGAAUGUAAGUAUUAAUGUGCCUAUCUUGCUCGUGACACUAAAUAUCGGAAUUCCGCAUACCUCAAAAGAAUGUGCAGCAAAAAUAUUUUUUUUUUCGUAAAAGAAACCCGUUUGUCCUGGAAGGUUCACAAUUUGAAGAGAUUUUGCUGCUAUUUGGACGGACCGAAUUGAGUCAGUUCUCACAUAAUUCAUUCUUCAAGGACUCAGGAACCUCAUGAAACCCCAACAAGUCUCAAAACAGUUUUCAAUUGUACCAAAGUCAGAUACCAGACGAGAUGCCAGAAGUGGAGUUGAACAGGGAUCGCGCCGAGGCGUUCUUCAGCGACGAACAGCUUCUUUGA